CUUUGGGCCCGCCCGCCACAGCUUUUUUUGGCGGCAUUUGCAGCCGAGCAAAGAGCAAUUCAUUUGUCUGUUGUGGUGUGGUGGUUUCUAACGAAUUUCUGUAUUGUCAACGCUAAAUUAUUGUAAUUAUUGGUGCUUUGAGAUCGUAAGGGAUUUACCUACAAAGGUAAUACAAACUAUGGCCGCAGAACCAGAAUUGCCCACCUUCAAGUGUGUGCUAGUAGGAGACGGAGGAACUGGCAAAACCACCUUCGUAAAACGCCAUUUAACUGGUGAGUUUGAGAAAAAGUAUGUAGCCACCCUUGGAGUAGAAGUGCAUCCGUUAGUUUUCCACACGAACAGAGGCCAAAUUAGGUUUAACGUUUGGGAUACCGCCGGCCAAGAAAAAUUCGGCGGGCUUCGUGACGGUUACUAUAUCCAAGGUCAGUGUGCUAUCAUCAUGUUUGAUGUCACCUCUCGAGUAACCUACAAAAACGUUCCUAACUGGCACAGAGAUUUAGUCAGAGUUUGCGAGAAUGUCCCAAUUGUGCUUUGUGGGAACAAAGUCGAUAUAAAAGACAGAAAAGUUAAGGCUAAAAGCAUUGUUUUCCACCGUAAAAAGAAUCUUCAAUAUUAUGAUAUUUCGGCCAAGUCCAACUACAACUUUGAAAAACCGUUUUUAUGGCUGGCGCGGAAACUAAUUGGUGAUCCCAACCUCGAAUUUGUAGCCAUGCCGGCUCUUGUUCCGCCAGAAGUACACAUGGACCCACAAUGGCAGCAGCAAAUUGAAAAAGACCUGGUGGAGGCCCAAAAUACUGCCUUGCCCGACGACGACGAGGACUUGUAAUCCUAUUAUUCUUUCUUGUUUGUGUUAAUAAUAGAUUAAUUAUUCUUACUUAUUUUCCUAGUUUAGUUUAGAUAAUUUUAUAAAAGAAAGGUGUCUUUUCGUUUUCUUGGUUUAGUUUUUUUAUUUGAAAAAAAAAAAGAUGUUCACUUGUUCCUACUUGUGUUUAACCAAGAACUAUGAUUUUUUUAGUAGGUAGAUAAUUUUUGUAAUAUUCAUUGUGUUUUCAUUUUUUUACAGUUUGUCACAACUCAGGCCUGUAAUAAACAGUUAAAUUUAA